CUCCCGGUCGACAGGAGCAGAGAGUUGGCGGACAGAGUGGAUCAGAGUCGCGCUGGGGACGAGUGAGCUGCCCGGAGGAGAGCUGCGGAGCUGGAAACAUAUGAUCUGAGAAGGUGUGUCGCGUCCUCCUCGUCGCUGCUGCCAGGAUGCGGUUCUCAGUCAGACUGAGCCUCUGCCUGCUGGCCUUCGUUCUCGUCUCCCUGCUCCCCCAGCCGGCGCGGGGUCAAGUUUCAUCACCGCGGCGAUUUCGUGCCAAAGUCCUGAGCCCCACCAAGCUCCAUGUGUCGUGGAAGGAGCCGAAAGGAGAGUUUGAGAGCUACAAGGUCAUUUACGCCACCGUGCCAGGUGGAGAGCAGACGGAGGUUCAGGUAUCGAAGCAGGAAGCAAAGCUGCUCAUCCAGGACUUUGACCCCUCCAAAGAAUACAACUUUAAGAUAAUUGCAGUCCGUGGGAGACAGCAGAGCAAACCGCUUCAGGCCAAACACGAAGCUCAGCGAUCAGGGGUCGAGGUAGUUCAGUCCCAGAGGACACAAGACAGCCGCGUCACCGAGGAGAACAACGAGAUCUCAGAAGCUGAAGACGGGUUCAUGUGUAAGACUCCGGCCAUCUCCGACAUCGUCAUCCUGGUGGACGGCUCCUGGAGCAUCGGCCGCAUCAACUUCAGGCUGGUCCGGACGUUCCUGGAAAACCUGGUCCGGGCCUUCAGUGUGGAGUUUGACAAGACCAGGAUCGGCCUGGCUCAGUACAGCGGAGACCCCAGAAUCGAGUGGCAUCUGAACACCCACACCACCAAAGAGGCCGUGAUCGAUGCUGUGAAGAACCUGCCGUAUAAAGGAGGAAACACGCUGACAGGUCUGGCCCUGACCUUCAUCCUGGAGAACAGCUUCAAACCAGAGUCUGGAUCCCGGCCCGGCGUUCCCAAGAUAGGAAUCCUCAUCACUGACGGGAAGUCACAGGAUGAUGUGAUCCCCCCGGCACAGAGCCUGAGGGAAGCUGGGAUUGAGCUGUUUGCCAUCGGUGUGAAAAACGCUGAUGAGAACGAGCUGAAGGCCAUCGCCUCUCCUCCCGAGGAAACUCACGUCUACAACGUGGCGGACUUCAGCGUGAUGAGCGACAUCGUGGAGGGCCUCACCAAGACCGUCUGCGACCGAGUGGAGAAGCUCGACAAGCAGCUCAAAGGGGGAGGAGAGCUGGCCCCCCCUCCCUCCUCCGUUUCUCCGCCACGUGACCUGGUCACAUCGGAGAUCACCGCUCGCAGUUUCCGGGUGACGUGGACCCACGCGCCGGGCCAGGUGGAGAAGUACCGCGUGGUGUACUACCCAGCCAGCGGAGGGCAGCCGGAUGAAAAAGUGGUCCAGGGGACAGAGAACAGUGUGGAGCUGAACUACCUGAACUCUCUGACGGAGUACCAGGUGGCUGUUUUCGCCAUCUACCGCAGCUCUGCCAGCGAGGCCCUGAGAGGAAGUGCUACCACAUUGGCGCUGCCCAUGGUCAACGACCUGGAGUUGUUUGAUAUCACUCACAGCACAAUGAGGGUCCGCUGGAAGACCGCCGCCGGGGCUUCUGGGUACAUGAUCCUGUAUGCCCCGCUGACCGAGGGAGACCCUGCAGACGAGAAGGAGGUGAAGGUGGCAAACUCGGUGAACGAGGUGGAGCUGGAGGGAUUGACUCCAGCCACGGAGUACACGGUGACGGUGUACGCCAUGUACGGAGAGGAGGCCAGCGACCCCAUGACCAGCCAGCAGACCACAUUACCGCUGACCCCGGCCAGGAACCUGCGUUUCUCAGACGUGGACCACAGCUCCGCUCGGCUCACCUGGGAGUCCACCUCCAGGAAGGCGAAAGGCUACCGCAUCAUGUACGUCAAGACCAAUGGAGUCCAGACCAAUGAGGUGGAUGUUGGCCGCGUGACAACCUGGCUGCUGAGAAACCUGACCUCCCUGACGGAGUACACCGUUGGUGUCUUUGCCAUCUAUGAUGAGGGACAAGCUGAGGCCGUGACUGACAGCUUCACCACAAAGACUGUUCCAGACCCGCUCGAUAUGAGGAGUGGAGACAUCUCGACAGACAGCUUCAGGGUGUCAUGGCAACACCCGGCCUCUGAUGUGGUGCUGUACCGACUCACCUGGAUGCCCACCGACGGAGGAGACAGUGAAGAGGUUCUGGUGAAUGGAAACAUUAACACCUACCUGAUAAAAGGACUCAGCCCCGCCACCGAAUACGAAGUCCUCCUCUCCGCAGUCUACAGCAACGAGGUGGAGAGUGACGAAGUGAUCCUCGUAGAGUCCACCGUUAAAAGAACAACCACCGUCGCCACGAUCACCACCACCACAGAAGCUCCGCGGUUCGGGGUGAGGAACAUGAGGAUCGACGAGGAAACCACCUUCAGCAUGCGGGUGGCCUGGCAGCCCGUCGACUCCAGGAACGUCCGACAUUAUCGACUGAACUACGUCAGCUCCAAGGGAGACCGCGCCGAGGAGACGAGGACGGUGCCCACAGGUCAGAACAGCCUGGUUCUGCAGCCCCUGCUGUCAGACACAGAGUACAAAGUCACCAUCACUCCUGUUUACCCUGAUGGAGACGGACCGGCGGCUUCUCGAAUGGGACGAACGCUUCCCCUCUCGGCUCCCAGGAACCUGCGGGUAUCGGAGGAAUGGUACAACCGCUUCAGGAUCAGCUGGGAUGCUCCACCUUCACCCACAAUGGGCUACAGAGUCGUCUACCAGCCUGUGUCCGCCCCCGGACCGGCUCUGGAGACCUUCGUCGGCGAGGACGUGAACACCAUGCUGAUCGUCAACCUGCUGAGCGGGACGGAGUACAGCGUGAAGGUCAUCGCGUCCUACACCACGGGAUCCAGCGAGGCCCUUUCAGGGAGGGCCAAGUCCUUGUACCUGGGGGUGACUAACCUGAGUGCAUACCAGGCGCGGAUGACUAGUUUGUGCGCCCAGUGGCAGCCGCACCGACACGCCAGCACCUACAGAGUGGCCAUCGAGUCCCUGCUCAAUGGUCAGAAACAGGAGACGAAGCUGAGCGGAGGAGCCAGCAGACACUGUUUCAACAACCUGAAGCCCAACACGCAGUAUAAGAUCAGUGUGUAUGCUCAGCUGCUGGACGGGACCGAAGGACCUGCAGUCACCGUCACUGAGAAGACAUUGCCCAUCCCGACCCCGGCGCCGACCAAGCCCCCCACCACCACGCCGCUACCCACAAUCCCCCCUGCCAAAGAAGUCUGUAAGGCAGCCAAAGCGGACCUGGUCUUCCUGGUUGACGGUUCCUGGAGUAUCGGCGAUGACAACUUCCUGAAGAUCAUCCGCUUCCUGUACAGCACCACCGGCGCUCUGGACCAGAUCGGCCCAGGUGGCACUCAGGUUGCCAUCGCCCAGUUCAGUGACGACGCCCGCACUGAGUUCAAGCUGAACUCGUACAGCGACAAAGAGCGACUGCUGGACGCCAUCAACAAGAUCUCCUACAAGGGAGGAAACACCAAGACAGGUCGAGCCAUCCAGCACGUGAAGGAGAACAUCUUCACGGCAGAGGGGGGGGUCAGGAGGGGAAUCCCCAACGUCCUCGUGGUCCUGACCGACGGCCGAUCUCAGGAUGACGUCAACAAGGUUUCCAAAGAGAUGCAGAUGGAAGGCUACAUCGUGUUCGCCAUCGGCUUCGCUGACGCCGACUACGGCGAGCUGGUGAGCAUCGCCAGUAAGCCCAGCGACAGACACGUCUUCUUCGUGGACGACCUGGACGCCUUCAAGAAGAUCGAGGAGAAGCUGGUGACCUUCGUGUGCGAGGCCGCCACUGCCACUUGUCCGUCUGUGCCGAUGAGCGGCAGCACAACGCCAGGUUUCCGUAUGAUGGAGCUGUUUGGGCUGGUGGAGAGUCGCUACAGCAGCGUCUCUGGUGUUUCCAUGGUACCCGGCACCUUCAAUACCUUCCCCUGUUUCCACCUGCACAGUGAUGCGUUCCUGGCUCAGCCCACCAGAUACAUCCACCCUGAAGGCUUGCCCUCCGACUACACCGUCACCCUGCUGUUCAGGCUGCUGCCCGACACUCCAGAGGAGCCCUUCGCCCUGUGGGAGAUCCUGAACAAGAGCAACGAGCCUCUGGUGGGGGUCAUCCUGGACAAUGGAGGAAAAACUCUGACGUUCUUCAACAACGACUACAAAGGAGAGUUCCAGACGGUGACCUUCGAAGGGCCGGAAAUCAAAAAACUCUUCUACGGCAACUUCCACAAGCUCCACAUUGCAGUCAGCAAGACGAGCGCCAAAGUGGUCAUCGACUGCAAGAUGGUGGCCGAGAAAGCCAUCAACGCCGCGGGGAACAUCACCAUAGACGGGCUGGAAGUGCUGGGCAGGAUGGUCCGCUCCAGAGGGAACAAGGACAACUCUGCCCCGUUCCAGCUCCAGAUCUUUGACAUCGUCUGCAGCACUUCGUGGGCCAACAGAGACAAGUGCUGUGAACUUCCUGGUCUGAGGAAGGAGGCAGACUGCCCGGCCAUGCCCAAAGCCUGCACCUGCACCCAGGACAGCAAAGGCCCCCCCGGCCCUGCUGGACCGCCAGGAGGAUCAGGAAUCAGAGGAGCCAGAGGGGACCGUGGAGAGCCAGGCCCGGUGGGCCCGACUGGUCCAGUUGGUGACACAGGUGUACCCGGACCUCAGGGACCCCAAGGACCACAGGGACCCAGUGGACGCACCAUCAUAGGACCCCCAGGUCCUCCAGGAGAGAGAGGACAGAAAGGUGACGCCGGACAGCAAGGAGCUCAGGGAGUUCCUGGCCGAGCUGGAGCUCAGGGCAGAGAAGGACCUACAGGACCCAGAGGGCUGCCAGGCAAAGACGGCCCGCCGGGCAGACAGGGUAACUCGGGAACAAUCGGGACUCCAGGAGCCCCCGGGGCCCCAGGCAGCACAGGCCCUCCAGGAAAGCAGGGAGAACUGGGACCACCGGGUCCUCCUGGAACCAAAGGGGACAAAGGUGAACGGGGCGACCUCCAGUCGACAGCAUCGGUUCAGGCCAUCGCCCGGCAGGUGUGUGAGCAGCUGAUUCAGAGCCACAUGGCACGCUACAACUCCAUCCUGAACCACGCACCCAGUCCACCGAUCUCCGUCCGCACUGUGCCAGGACCCCCGGGAGAGCCUGGCAGACAAGGACCUCCAGGGUCUCAGGGAGAACAGGGACCCCCGGGAAGACCCGGCUUCCCAGGCCAGAACGGACAGAACGGGCAGCCAGGAGAAAGAGGUCAACCAGGUGAAAAGGGUGAGAAAGGAUCUCAAGGUGUUGGAGUCCAAGGCCCCAGAGGACCUUCAGGACCCCCUGGUGCUCAAGGGCAGGGAAGACCUGGCAGCCAGGGUCCCUCAGGGCGACCUGGAAAUCCUGGCGCCCCUGGUCGGCCCGGGGUCCCUGGACCCGUGGGCUCCGCCGGGCCUCCGGGCUACUGUGACCAGAACGCCUGUGUGGGCUACAAUGUUGGAGAGGGUGAGGAUGUCAUUGACGCCGCCGCUGUCCCCGCAGUCCAACUGCCACCCAACGUCUUCCAGAACUAUGGCGAGGUGGAAGAGGACGAUCCGUACCGCUACUACCAGCCAAACUACCCGGCCCCGCGGCCCGUGGCCCCUGACGACCCCGCGUUCGGCCUGGAUGACUUGAGUUCCCACCGCGGCGCCCGGAGCCUGAAGGGAGAGGAGGAGACGGUCGGGCCGAAGAGGAGACUAAAGAGAGGAGCGAAGACGCUGUCAGAACUAAUUAAAUGAGAGGAAACGAUUGGAGGACGGAGGGCCGCUCGCUGUUUCUGAUUGGGCGGCGUGGAGCCGUUACAGACUAAUCAACAAGUGCCUGAUGUAGAGGAUUUCUUAUGGACAUCGUAGAGGGGGCGGGUUGGGGGAAUGGGGUCGGGACUACUUUAACUCAUCUAUGCUAUUGAAUUAAUUUACGGAGGUUCGUGUCGAUCGAUCAGUUUUUGUUGCGUUUGUCUCAGAAGAGACAAUUGAUUAAAAAUGGACGCUCGCAGCUGGAGGUCGUAUUUCACAGCUUGCUUUCAGUCCCGUGACGUCUCUCCGUUCACAGCUUAACCGUUUCUCUCAUCAAAUUCAAGUUUCUCUAAUGUUUUGUCAUCAGAUCGAGCAGAGAAACGUCGCCGGUCCCGUUUCGCUGUUUGUUAUUUACCUGGUUGGUUAAGUGCCUCCUAACUGUCUCGCUAGAAAACAAGCCGUGCAGCAAAGCAUUUAUCCGCAGAGACACCUGCAGGUUACAGCAAACUGCCGAGCAACGCAGCCCCUCUUCGUCUUCUUCACUUUAGCCUUCAGAUUUAUGACUGCAGAGGUCUCAGCGAACAUCGUGAUGCGCGAAAACAUCGAGCGGCGUCGGUUAACAGCGUGUGAUCGGCUCGGCCCUGAGGUGUGAAUCCACAGCGGGGCUGUUCACGCGACGAUCAGAAACCAGCUGUGGGAUCAGCGGUGUGAACAGCAGCAAGUCUGCAUCGAACGAUGAGACUUCAUUAGUUAAAUAAUCUGAGAAAAACAACCACAAUCUCACAGUUACGGCUCCGUUUUCUUCUCUUUACCGCUCGUUACCGUCAAUCACUCAAAUGUUUGCAUAUCUCACGCUUUAGCGCCUGUUUUACACGUCCUGUCAUUCACACACUUCACCUCCGGUGCUAACAGGUAACGUUAGCGUCCUAGCCCAACGGUUGCCUCACAUUAAACGGCCGCGUCCUCUCGGCCGGGCACAGGAAGUAAAGUGUGUGCGCCCGCUCUGCAGAAACCGCUGACUCGUUCAGAUUUUAACGUGCCUCUAUCACCUCCGCUCGUUUGUUUUAAAGGCUCCCAAACUCUGCAACCAGGUCGUGUCCAGACAAACAGUAAUUUAUGUAAAGUUUUGCAUGUUUUUGUUCAUUUACCGUGUGAUGUAUCAUUUAGUUUAACCUCAUAGAGCCAUAGACACAUUUUACUGUUAGAUAAAAGAUGAUCGUCACAUGCAGUUAUUGUAACAGUAUUAAGCUCAAACUGAUGUUGCUCUGUAUUUGAGAAGGUUGAUAAAAAGAAAUGAUAAUUAUAGCAGCUAAUGUAAGACAGGUAUUAUAUGAGCACAUGUCUUCUGGUUUGGUCGUGGUUCUGGAUCUUGUGGUGACGGACAGAAGCUGUCGAGGGACGAGCUGCAGUUUAAAAAAUGAAUGUUGUUUUUCAGGCUGACAGCUGUUUUUUCUCUCGUGUUUGGUUUGAUCUGCCUCCAUCUGCAACACUUAUCAUGAAGCUAAGCUCAACUGGUCGCCAUCUGUUCCAGGACGAACCUCUUUUUGUGUCUCCGUUCAUUUUGUGCAUCUUGUCCAUCUGAAGUUGAAAUGUCUUAAAUCAGAUCAGUCAUGUAAAGGGAAGUUCAGUAAUUGGAAAUCGAGUGUGCCAAGUGUUUAGCUAAACUUCAAGCACGCACACGUUAAACUUUCCCGAUUAUCUUGUAACCUUUUUCAGUUCAGUGUUUCUGAGGCCUUCAGGUCCACGAGGAGAAAACGGUAAAAACAGGCCACAGUGUUUGAGACUUCCUCUGCACCUCUGACCCAGAUACGUUUGAAAAAUAAAACCAAGGAAGUAAUUUAUUUUUUACUUGGAAUUGAUUUUCUCAGAACAAUAAAACUGAAGUACAACCGU